AUGGGUGGUGCAAGCAGAGAAGGCGGCAAGGCCAAGCCCCUCAAGGCUGCCAAGAAGGAGAAGAAGGAGCUGGACGAGGAUGAACUCGCCUACAAGGAGAAGCAGAGAGCUGAUGCUGCCGCAAAGAAGGCUCUCCUCGACGCUACCAAGGGCAAGAAGGGUCCCCUCAACACCGGCCAGCAGGGCAUCAAGAAGUCUGGCAAGAAAUAA